AUGAACAUCGAAGAUAUUCAUAGGGUAGCAAAUAGAAAAAGGCUUGUGGAAGAUUUGAGUAAAGUUCAAGAAAAAGUAACGAAGGAAAAUGUGGAACUAAUAAAACUGCAGGUGGCGCAAGACACCGCGUACUGGGAGCUCAAGGAGAAGCUGUCCCAGGUGAAGGGAGACCACGAGCGCCUGCAGCAGAACAUGCUGGAGCUGCAGAUGCAGUACGAGACGCUGUCCGGCCGGCACCAGGACGAGUUGCGACACCGCCCCGAGACCUUGAACAAGCUUAGCGCUACCCGCAAGAUCUGUGAAGUGCUGGAAGAGCUCACGGAACAGUGUAAGCAGACUUCGUCCAGAACAAAAGCGGACCAGGCAGCCUUGUACGACGCUUAUAUGAAAUCCGACAAAGUGGUGCGUGACUUAAAGCAGUCCCACCUGCAGGUGAAAGAGCAAUCCAGCCAGGUUAUCCAGGAGUUGAAGUCCAAAUUGCAACUGUUGAGCGAGCAUCAGAGCCAGAUGAAGGAAGUGUACUGCGGGGCGCAGCGCCGCGCUGACGCCGAGAUCCUCGAGCUGAAGAGUGCGCUCCACGGCAAGGACGAACUGGCCGCCACGGUCAACGAGCUCAAGAGAAGCCUCGAUGUUACGAAGAUUGACCUCGAGAAGAGAGAUGCCAAUAUUUUGAAUCUUCAACGUGAAUUGAAGAACAUGGCCAACGCUGUCAACAGCCAGCUAGCUGAGGCGAAAAGUAUUUUGAUGAAAAAAGACAAUGAUUUGAAGAACGCCGCAGAGCAGCUUGAGUCCUUAAAAAAAGCGCUGACCAAUCAGGAAGACUUUACGAAGAGUGUCUGUGACCAGAACAGCAGCCUGCAAGACAAACUGGCUCUGAUAGAAGAAGAACACCAGAAAGCCUUGGUUACCAAUGAAUCAUUUAAAGCUGACCUCGAGAAAAUGACCUGUAUGUGUGAAAAACUCAACAAUAACAUGGCAAUACUGAGAGGGGAAAACGAGGCAUUAAUAAAGGAUGUGAAUAAUAAACGAGAGACAUUAACUUUAUACGAAGAAGAACUUGAAUCCUUCAAGAAACAACUUUUGGAUGCGGAUAUGAAAAUAGACAGAAUUACAUCAGACCUCAGCAACACAACGGAGCAAUGCGUUAUGAAAACCGCAAGAAUUGAAAAAUUAGAAGCGGAAAUUGAGACACUAAACAAAAAUCUCACUGACUCCGAGACUGCUUUAAUAAAUAAUCGAGAAGCCACCGAAGAAAAAGAAAAAAAGCUAGCAGCAAUAAUUCAAGAAAAAAACAAUGAAUUGGACUCCAAAACGUCCACCAUCAUACAAGCUAGCUUCGAUCUUCAGACCGUAAAGGAGGAGCACGCUAAACUACAGAUGGAAUUGCAAAAAAUGAAAAGAGAUUGGGAGAUGGAAAUGGAGAACGCGAGAGAAAAAGAGAGAAUGCUCAAGGCAAGGGUGUCUCAAUGUGAAGCAGCUAUUAGGGGCAAGGAUGAAGAGCUCUCGCGGGAAAUGACAAAGUUCUUGCAAGAAAGAAACGAAAUGGAGAAGGAAAAGAAUGUCCUACAAGAGAAGAUAAGGGGCUUAGAGAAGCGAAUUAACAACAUAAUGAAGGAAGCGUCCAACGCUCGCGGAGAGCCUGCGCGCUUUGAGCCAGAGCCGGAAGAUGUCGCUGUUAUGCUUACUCCGCAGGGCACGCAAGACCACAAAAAGAAUGGGUCACCGAUUUUGCAAACUCCCCAGCGAAACAACUCUUUAGAGGACAUGCUGUUUGAUUACUUCAGCGAGCCCAGCGUGGACUCGUUGGAUACUGUCAACAUGCAGCGACAGUUUGCGGCGCUCUCGCACGGUCAGAGGAUGCUCCCGGAGCCGGAGGCUCUCGCCAAUCUUAAGCGGCGUCGUCGGCCUGAUACCCCCGUGCACGGACAAGCGGCGUCGCUCUCUAAACCAGCCAAUGACGUAUUUACCGCGCCGCAACCGAAGAAUAAAGAGCGGCGAUUUUUUAAGAACUUCCGUCCGACUCCGAUCACAAAAGGCGUUGAUAAACCGAAAAAGAGGAAAUAAUUGAUGAAUUUUGUUACCUCAUUAUUAUA